AUGCCAGCAAAUACCGCACUGCCGAAGGAUGUAUCGCACGACUCGGUUGGUGAGGAACCCUGUGAUAGCUACGCCAUCACAGCUGUCUCUGACUCAAACGAUGACAACGGAAAUUGGCGAAAUGCUGAACGUGCGUGUAAAAAUAUACGUAGGGACUCUCUUCUAGACAGGCAUCUCUACCGAAAACGAAACAUCCUCAUAAAGGGAGCUCCUGAGUCCAAUUCUUCGACUGCAAAAGAAAGAAUCGAACACGAUCUCAACCUCUUUCAAACAUAUUCAAAUGCCGUCCUUCAGGACGGAGAAUGUGUUACCGUGCACAAAGCUUUCCGUCUAGGAAACGCAGAUGCGUCGCGUGCAUUACCAAGGCCUCUUAAAAUUAUUCUAGCAAAUGAAUCCCAGUCCUCACAUCUCAUAGAAGGGAGGAUGGCCCUCCGGUAUUCGCAUAAGGAAGUGUUUUUUCAGCCGGAUUACGAACCGACAGAAAGACACAAGAUGAGGGAGCUCUGGACAGAACUGAAAAGAAGGACAGAAGAGAGGGAGAAGGGGUUGAAAAUAAAGGAAGGCAAGAUAAUACAGAUCAAAUGAUCGUUCCUGCGGCUAACCCCCUUUGUAAUCAGGGCCACUUUCCCCGAGAAGACGGACACUAAAGGUGCUGUAUUCGAAUGUGCAGAGCCUGUUUAACAAGAUGGAUGAACUCAGGGCUCUGAUCGACGAGCACACGCCAGAUAUCAUUGCCUUGACAGAAACAUGGCUUUCUGAAGCUAUUGGAGACCAUGAGGUAUCCCUCAGAGGCUAUCAACUGUUCAGAAGAGACAGGAGAAGCCGAGGAGGAGGGGUCGCUGUCUAUGUUAGCUACAACCUAACCGCGGUCCCUGAGCAUAAUCCAAGAACAACAGCGGAAGUGGAAUUCUUAUCUUUAACUAUCUCCACUAAAUACUCCAGGCCGCUGGCGUUUGCAGUUGUGUAUCGUCUCCCAAACCAGAUUUCCGAACACGAUAGCCUUCUCCUAAGGGAACUGAGCAAGACCUGGUCGAGCAGAGACGUCCUUAUUGUCGGGGACUUUAACCCCCCCCAAUAUUGACAGGCAAGCUUGGAUGGUUUCGAGUCCAUCGAACACAUUCGGACAACAUUUGCUUGAAUUGGCAGCAGAAAAACGACUUUUCCAGAAUGUAACUCUCGGAACACGUGUUAGGGAAGGGCAACGUUCAAAUUGCCUCGACCUGGUGCUCACUCGAAAUGAGGAGAGUGGGCUGGAUAUACAAGAUCUCCCGCCAAUUGGUGCUAGUGAUCAUAUUGUGAUGCUCUUCGAGUAUUCCAUGUUCUCCCGGCCUAAUUCAUCUGAACAAUUCCAAGCAAAUAUCUGGAAGAGGGAUUUUUCUAGCAUGCGAACGCAAGUCUCAGCAAUACCGUGGACAACCACGUUGCAGGGAACAGUAAAUGACUAUUUGAGCACGCUCAGCUCACUCGUCAAAAGAUUCGUUGAUCUAAACUGUCCACUCAGACGAAAGAAAACAAGCAACCGUCCGCCGUGGAUAAACCGGAAACUUCAAAACGCGUUUAAGAGGAGAAAUAAAGUGUGGAGACGCUACCGACAAACAGAGAGUCCUGAAGACCUGAAGGAAUACCAGCGACAGCGGAAUGCGUGUAAACGCGAGGCUCAUAGACUUCGAAGCAACUAUGAGCUGUGCAUAUUAAAAAAAAUUCUUGGAGCAUCCUAAAAUCCUCUAUAGUUACAUACGUAAUGGACAGAGCAAUCGUGAACCGAUUCCAGCGCUAAGAUCCCAAAACGGAGUAAUUAAGACAGAUGACUACCUGAAAGCAUCAGCCUUCUUCAGUCUCUUUCAGUCGGUAUUCACUCAUGACACAAACCCUCCUGCCAUCCCUUUCGUAGACCAACGAAAAAAUACUUCCUGUCCUGCAUUGGAAGACAAUCAUUUCUUCUCACCCACGUUGAUAAGGACCGAACUACGCCGGCUAAAACCUUGCCAAAUCACCUGGUCCAAAUGGAAUUCAUCCACUUGUCCUCCGAGAAUUAGCUGAUGUACUCUGUGAGCCGGUGUUCAUGAUAUUUCGGAAGUCCAUGGACGAAGGCGAACUGCCGUAGGAGUGGAAAACGGCCCAUAUUUCUCCAAUCUAUAAAGGAGGAUCCAGCCGGGAACCCGAAAACUACCGUCCUAUUAGUUUAACCUGCAUUCUAUGCAAGGUAAUGGAACGACUUAUUAAAGGGCAUUUAAUGUCGUAUCUGGAGCAGAGGGACCUGUUAUGUGCUGCUCAGCACAGAUUUCGUCGUGGUCACUCCUGUCUUACAAGCAGUCUUUACUCUCAGGAAAAGUGGACAAGCGCCAUAGACCAGGGCCGUCCAGUGGAAGUCAUCUUCUUUGACUUUAAGAAGGCGUUUGAUAGCGUUCCUCAUGGACGACUCCUGCAGAAGAUCUGGGAGCGUGGAAUACAGGGCAGCAUUUUUAAUUGGAUUAAAAGUUCCCUGUCAUGCAGGCUCCAAAAAGUCCUCGUUGGUGCCACUACAUCCGAAUGGGUGCCAGUAAAAGCGGCGUUCCGCAGGGCUCAGUCUUGAGUCCUCUCCUCUUCCUCAUCUAUAUAAAUGACUGUCCUGUAGACCUUUAAUGCGAUGCCAUCAUGUUUGCAGAUGAUAUAAAGAUCUGGAAAACAAUCAGCUGCGCUGAAGACGCGCAGAAGCUACAGGAAGAUGUUGAUAAGCUGGCUGCGUGGUCCAGCAAGUGGCUUCUAGCGUUUAACGUAUCCAAGUGUGUAGUCUGGCGACUAGAAUCUGGACGGAGGCGCUUCCCAAAACAUCAGUACACCAUAAAUGGGGUUCCACUAAAUGUAGUGGACACGCACAAAGACCUAGGUGUCUGGACAUGCUCAAACUUGCUGCCCACUCAGCACUGCAAAAGAGUCGUCCAAAAGGCAACCAGCAUCAUGCACUGGAUUAGGCGUGCCUUCAAAAUCCUUCCUCCAGAACUCUUCUCACAGAUAUUCGGCACGUUCGUCAGACCGCCCCUGGAAUAGGGAAUGCCAUCAUGGAUGGCCUGGAUGAAGAAAGACAGUGAUGCCAUAGAGCAGGUGCAACGACGGGCCACAAAACUGGUGGACGGUCUCAGGUCUCUGUCAUACCCAGAAAGACUGAUCCAGUUAAAUUUGUUCCUCCUAUCCUAUAGACGAAUGAGGUGUGACCUGUUAUGGACAUUCCGCACUAUCCACGGGCAUGAAUGUUCGCUCAGAACUGACUACUUCUUUGAAUUCACGACCACGAGUCACCUGUUCGGUCACCCGUACAAAGUUAAGCGGGAGCGUACAUACCUAGACAAUCGGAAGUUUUCCUUCAGCCAGCGUGUUGUUCGACCAUGGAAUUCACUCCCAAGUGGAAUAGUGACAUCUGACACCAUCACUACCUGUCAGCCAAAGAUGUACUGAGUGCCCUCUCGGCAAAACGUCACUGAUCGGCGACCUCGAGGUAUAAACCAAUAGGAAUUGUUGAAGGGGUUAACGACCCUGUAACGUCCCUCGAAUUGAAUAGGGUUGUUUGAAUGAUGUGACACUUUUGGAGCGCGGAUCCAGGAUGAAGAUUGAAAUGUCUCUCGAACUGAACGGGGUCAUUUGACUACUUUAACGCUUUUUGGCGUGGACCUGGGAUGUUGAUGGUGUAACUGCGUGCUGGUGAAGACGGUCGGUGUCCCUUCCAUCCGCUGCCGCCGACAUCCCCUCCCACAACGUACCCUCGUUCUCGUCGCUCACCCCCUCGCUCUCGCUCUAUGUCGGCUCUCCCCUCGGCCCUUCUCUGCAGCUGUCCACCGCGCCGCAUCCCCACCGGUUGUUUAGCUAACACGCCAGGGUCGCCUGUCCAUCCAGACAGGUUAUCGCAUUGUUGUUUCUCAUCCUACAGGUACAUUACCAAUUAGUAUAGUAUUUCGCGUGCCCAUCUCGUUUCAUUAUACUCUAUCGCCUACUUGACUAGUGGGAAUAAAGUCUGCUUCCCUUAUGAAAACGAAUUGGAAAAAAUGAGAAAAAUGCUCAGCUUUAUUUCUACUGUCCAAUAUCUCCAAACCGUCAUCAUUCCUCAUGAUAACGCUUUGGUGAUAUCGGACUGUAGAAAUACAGCUGAACAGUUUUCUCAUUUUUUCCAAUCCGUUUUCACUGAAGAAGCAGACUUUAUUCGCACUAGUUCCGAGAACAUGGGAGAUCCCACUAUCGAAGAUAUCGUGUUUCGAGAAUCAACGAUUUUGGAAGAACUAAAAAGCUUGUAGGAAUGUAAAUCUCCCGGUCCGGACGAGAUCCCAGCAAAGCUGCUUUUCGAGCUUGCCCGAGAGCUGGCCAAGCCACUAUCCUUUCUGUACCAGGAAUCGUUCGAUGCUGGAAUCCUUCCCACACACUGGAAGACGGCCCACACUACACCCCUUUACAAAAGCGGUAGUCGUGUUCUUGAAACGAACUACAGACCCGUCAGUCAGACAUCAAUCUGUUGCAAAGUGAUGGAGAAAACCAUCAAAAAGGAGUUGAUGGCUUAUCUAGAAAGCCACAACCUCUUGUCCAAUGCACAAUAUGGUUUCCGUAGGGGAAGAUCAUGUGUAAAGAACUUGCUGUAUACAAUGCAAAGUUGAACAAGAGCACUGGACGCAAAACCCAAUAUGCACGUGGCCUAUAUUGAUUUCCGGAAGGCGUUCGACUGUGUUCCGCACCAGCGUCUCCUGCACAAGUUGAGAAUAAUGGGCAUCGGCGGCAAACUUCUCAAAUGGAUCGGAAACUUCCUCGUCGACCGUUCCCAAAUUGUCUGCAUAGAAAUAUAGCAAUGACGGCGCAUAUUCAUAGAGAGUGGAGUCCCACAUGGCUCGGUGCUCGGACCAACUCUAUUUCUCUUGUUCAUCAAUGUUUGUGAAGACGGGUUGGACGGUGAUAGUGCCAUGUUUGCGGAUGAAACAAAAAUCUGGGAAGUUAUCCACAAUGCUGCUGAUGAGACCAACUUCCAAGAAAAUCUUUGUCCAUUGGACGAGUUGUCCCGCAGAUGACUCUUGUCCUUCAAUUUGAACAAAUGUUCGAUACUGCGCCCUGGAAAUCAGACCCCUUAGUACGCGGCAAUACCAUCUGAACGGAAUACCAAUUCGAGAAGCGGAAACGCAGAAAGAUAUCGGAGUCUGGGUUGCGGACAGCCUAAAGCCUUCUACGCAAUGUUGUAAGGCGGCCAAGGCCGAAAGUUCAAUGCUCUAUGCCGUUAAGCGGGCAUUCGCAGUUUUCGAUGAAGACUGCUUCUCCAAAGUCUUUGGCACGUUUGUAAGGCCACACCUCGAAUAUGCAAUUCAGGCCUGGAGACCAUGGAUCAGGAUUACAAUCCGCUGGAAAGGGUGCAGAGGCGAGCCAAAAAAUUAGUAAGAGGUCAAAGUGCACUGUCAUGCGAGAUCAGCUUAACUAACCUGAAUCUCUAUCCUCUGAGUUAUAGGCAGUUGCGCGGAGACCUGAUACUAACUUUCCGUAUCGUGCGUAGCUGGGACUGCGCCCUUCUGUUCGAUGACUUUUUCCAACCCGCCUCGCCACAACAACUAACCUCUGGGGACAUCCCUUCAAGCUACGUGUGCCCGGGGGUAGAUUGAAUGCGAGAAAAUAUUUCUUCUCCAACAGUGUCGUGGAACCGUGGAAUAACCUGCCCGAGACGGUUGUCAUGUCUCAAUCUGUGGCGACAUUUAAAUGUUGGCUUGGCAGACAUAUGCUGCAGUAACCGGCGGACUAUGUGACGUUUUAGCCAUGAGACCAGUGACAUAUGUGAAUAAAUGUCUGCAUUCACUUAAUGCUGUAAUUUCUUCACAUCAUGCUUAUUUAUCGAUUUUUUAAAUAUACAAAUAAGGAGUUCAAAGGCGUAAGCCUUUGCGCGUGGAUGAGUACUCCGAGAUGCUAACGGCUCCGUUCCGAUCGAUCUAAACCAGGAGCUCUUCCCAGCGCUUCGUUUCUUUGGCGUUCGUCUCCCUUGACGUUCUCGGCUGCUACAAGAUGGUGUGACCGUGUGCAGGCGAAAAUAACCGGUGAUCUUUCCUCUCGUCCCCGCAACCACUCUUCCGCCUUUAACGUCGUUACCGUACCGUAUCUACCGCUCUACUUCGCUACUUUAAACGGCCCUACCCCACAGUUGCCAACAGUGCUGCAUUCCCUACAGGAUGUCUAGGUGGUAUGUUGUUAUAACCUCUUCAUCCAAACGGAUCCUCAUUUCUGCUGUAUUUCACAUUCCACCUUGUAUCGUUUAAGAUUUCCCUAUGUACCUUUCCCACUACUCUUAGUAUACGUAUUGCGACCCCCUUGACUUUUUUUACUGUCAGCUUGGAUGAGAUCGGUGACCUUUUCGACAACUCUCUUCAGACCAGAUUAGUUAUGAAUUAUGUAUAUUGCUCCACAUUACCCCGUGCGUGCUACCCUCAACGUUUUAGGCCACUACAGCCCUACGAAAAACCCCCCGCGAUUGGUCCAGGACUUUCAUAGCGUAACAUCAGCAUUUUCUCCAUGUAACAUAGUUCCUGCUUCUUUUUCGUGCACUAUAAACUGGCGCGGUCUAAAAUGAUUUUUGGUGUUCUUUGUCGAGUGCAACACCAUUGCACAGAAAACAUGUCAGGCCUUGACCCAAAACUUGCAGUGCACCACAAGUUCCACAGGGUUGUUUGAACGAACUGAGGCCACUUUGAUGCGGAUCCCGGAUGAGUCUCGGACGAGCGUUUGAAACGUCCCAUGAUCUGUAUGGGGUUGUUUGAAUGCAGCAGCACUUUUGGCGCGCAGAUCUAGGAUGUCGGAUGUAGGCGUUGAGGUUGGAAUGCACACGAUCGAAUAAUCCACCUAAGGUAGCUUCUCCGUUGUGCAUCACUGACAGAGGUGUUAAACGUUACAUCAAACACGCGAAUAGGGAAGAAAGAGAUCUCCAGUAGAUGGAAUUCAUGUUACGACACGGUAGAGUACUUUGUAGCAAUAGAUAUCGAGUAGGUAUACGGAAGGUCAUGAGUACGAGAAAAUGAUGAGGUACUGUACAGAUGAUCCGCUUGGAGUAGAAGAUGGUCACUCCACAUCAGUUAGACACCAAUGGAAAAUGCAGCACUAUCGGCAACUUCGGCUAAGGGCCGGGAGUGAGCAGACGGUAAGGCAAAUGCGAUACGGCCGGACUGCGGAAGCGAAAGAGGCGAAGUCAGUGCUAGGGAGGGAAGGAACACUGGCCAUCUUCACUGCAGACGGUCACACCAGGCCCUCAAAAUUCCAGACAAAGUGAGUGCGUGCACCCCUACAUGCAUGCGUACGCGCAAAGGAUCCCUCAGGCGUUACGUGCAAAAUGCGCUCUGGUGAGCAUCAAGAAGGAGGUGUAACAGAAACGCUCCUUCAUCGCACAAAUCGAGUACCAUCAGCCAACCAGGUUACUAGUCCUGCACUAGCCCGCAACUCAAACGGGCUAGCAAAUGUCUAGCCCUCGGGCCUGAAUGCUUUCAGGGAUGAUGUUUGUGUAGCUGUGUGUCGGUGAAAAUGGCCAGUGUCCUUCCCUCUCACUACCGCCGACCCCCUCCUUGCAAUUUACCGUACCGCUCGUAUCUCGCUCUCUGCCUAUGUCGGCACCUUCCUGGGCCCACCCCUGCAGUUGCCCACAGCACCGCGUUCCCCACGGCGCGCGUUUCCUACCGAUUGUUUAACUGACAUCCGUGUUGCCUUACCGUCCAGACGGGUUACUCCCUUAUCGUAGCUCAUUCCAUUUGUACAAUUAACUACUAUUAUACGCACCCCCAGUUUCCAUCUCCUUCCAUGGUACCUUAUUGCCUACUUAACGUUUUUUCCUCCCUUAUGUAUGGAUGAGUAUUAUGACAUGUUAAGGACUCUAUUCAAACCGGUCUCAGACAGGAUCUUCUCCCAAUGCUUCGCCACGUCGGUGUGUGUUGUCCUUGACGUCCGUGGCCUUUACGCGUCUGCCAGCGAAGAUAGCCGGCUUCCCUUCCCGUUCUACCGCUAGCAUGGCUUCCCCAGGGAAGUGGGCCCGAUCUCGCCGUCUGUUCGUCGCUCGUUCCCUUUAUCAUCAGCUCACUCCCCGGCCCUUACCCGCAGUUGUCAACAGCGCUGCAAUCUCCACUGGCGUCUAACUGAUAUGACGUGACCACCUUCCACUCCAAAUGGAUCAUAUGUACAGCGCCCCGCUAUUUUCUUGUAUUCGUUAUUUUCCACUUUUUCUACUCCAUCCAUUUGUUAUCGUAACACUGCUUUCAUACACUAGAAACCCCUUUUCUUACUACAUCCCUAUAUUCUUGUCUGAUGUGGCGUUUAGCAACUCUGUCAAGCGUUCCAUAACCGGGGAGCUACCCCAGGUGGUAUAUUCGACCGUGUGUGUGCUAACCUCGACGCCUUCGGCUGCUAUAACUGUAAUUUAUUUGUUUAAGCCUGUGCACUUUCAUAGUGCAACCACUCGGGCCAGAUACGAUUCCGCUUGUUUGUACUUUUUUCCUCCAACAACUGUCAAUGUCUAUUAUAAUCGUUGCGAUGAUGUUUGGUGGGUGAAAAUCGGUCGGUGGUGCAAUAUAUGCUUUGGUUUCCACCUUCAGACUCGUGUGCAGAAAAUCUACGCGGACGCUCCUCUUAACUGUGUUCCGUAUACCCGCACCCUGGUCCGAAAAGUAUGACAAUGCCAUUGUGAAACUUCAUAGGCAUGUGGGAUGCCAUCGUUUCGGUUUACGGACUGCCGGUCGCAGAUGUAGACCCAUCUAAGUUCCUGGCAUGUCCUUUUUAGGUUUUUUAAACAUCUUUUGCUCCCGACAACCGAGGCCGUGUCCCCGCCUCAUGAUAGGCUAAGCAAGUUGGAAUUGAUUGAGUACUUAAAAAUACUGUCUACUCAUGUUUGUUCGUAAUUUUUGUUACCUUGAACGUUUCAGAGGCAAUUAAGACGUGUAAUUCGAUGAGUAUUUCCACUUUGCCCAUUUGCGUUUAAGUUGCAUCAUCCUCAUUAUGUGGUUGCACACAUUGGCCCUGAUAUUUAGGUUUGUUUUGUCAGGUCUUACUGCUCUGGAUACAUUUUUCGUAUCUUAGUUUAUUAAAUAGUAGUUUACGGGACCUCUGAUGUAUGAUAAGACGUCGUGGCUUUGACCCGUAAAUAAACUGGUACUCAUUUAUGCAUCUCUCCGGGUAGCUGCUUAACGAAAAGUCGUCUGAAAUGCUAGACUUCUUGCUUUUCCCCAUUCGACCUCUGCAGGGUUCUAACUAACUUCAGUCAAUGUGCUUCUCUGUGACGGGUUUUUUAGUUAGAUAGAUGUCUGGUUUUCGGGCAGCCUAUGUGCCGAACGGUGUCUCGGGUAUCACGCGGCAGACUUCAAAGCAGUACAAACAAGCGUUGGGUCGGGUACAAACAUCUUUUGCUAUGCAAUUACAUUAGUUUAUAGUAUUGACAGUGCAAUAUUGUCAUUUCCUACUGUCCUGAGCUUAAGUCUGUGGAUCCUGCAGGUAGGUCAUUGGUGACGCCCCUCUGAAUAGAUUUGGAAUCCGUUCUUGAUCGGGUUUUUAGUCAUUUACAGCUAAAAUCGCCGCCAUGACUAGCUCAACAGUUGGAAUUGGCACAAACGCAACUCUGAGGAGGGUUCAACAUUUCCUUAUUCAUUAGCCGCCUUCACAUUUCCUCACUAGGUCUGUGAAACGCAGCUGUCCGCGUUUUAUAAUUCGCUGGUCAUGAGUAACGAUAACUGUCCUCAUAAUCUCGGCUUCUGAUGUCGUUAUGUUAGCCGUUAUACAUAGGCGGGAAGCAAUAAUUGUUGCUGGGUCGUCUAACUUGAUUUUGAGCAGACAGGACAGGUCCAAAAAGUUUAUUUAAGGCAGAUGCCAAAGCGAUGAAAUUGGGUGUUAUGAUUGGUGUCCAUGAACUUAGGCUCUGCAGCAGCCACAUCGAGUCCCUAUCAACUGGAUCGCGCAUUAAAUUGCAGGCGCCACAGAGGUAGGCAACUUGGCGCGAUCUGUUCGUUUUAGGUCGAUUUCUGUAGCCUAGGAUUACGUGGGUUUGGAUGUUUAAAUGACUUUAUCAGCUGUGACGCCGCGAAGUUUUCUGGAGGACAUGGUCGGGUGCGUGAAGGUAGAUAUAAAGGCGUCCAACCAGUGUAAUCCCGAGCUGUAACAUAUGCUAACAGUGGGGGGCAAAUGUUUGACGGCUGGUCAACAUUUGCGGUGUUCUUUGGCGUAAUGCCGACGUCGGUGACGAUAGUGCUGCGAUGCAUUCGAGGGUGUUAUACAAGACCGAAUCGAGCCCGAAAUGCCUGCUUGCAGUUGGACACAUUGUAUUGGGCUUCUUUCCUGUUCCCCCUGGCGACGAACGUCAUUAACAAUGACAUCACAGAAGAAUCACUUCGUCGGCUGGUCAUCACACCUAAUCGUUUUAUUGGAUUCGAAUAUGCCACAUUACCCUAAAGAUGCUGGCCGUUGCAGUUGAUUUCAGGCUGUGGUUGUCUGCAAUCCGUUCCUGCCAAUUUACCUCCAAUACCUUCUGAAAACAGUUUAAGGGACUUUGUUGGGCUUUUGCACGUGGCUUUGGUAAGUUUACCAAUUCUGCGAGCCGUAGAGGAGCAUUUUCAAGACUACACCCCUGUACCUCCCCAGUUUGGCGUUGAAGGCUGUGACCCUGCGGUCUAAUAUGAAUUAUGGAGGUCGGCCGAAGGUCCGGCGGGCUCUCUUGAUCGAAAUUGGAGUUUUAUCAUUAACCUUUAUGCUUUUUGAGACCACACUUCUAAAAUGGGAUGACUUGUGCGUGUCUUUGGCGUGAAUGUCGUUGGCGGGGAUUGGGGACGACGCACAUUCCUCGGUGAGUGUCGGCUGAUGCAUGACAGUUGUUUUCUCGAUUUAGUGUUUGAUCUGAAUUUUGCGCAUCCUGAGGCGCGAGGUUCCGUGUUUCGUCGCACAUCCGCAUCAGUCGUGGUGUUCGACGCACAAUCACCGGCGAGUACCGCAUAUCUGGUCGUUAGAAAUGUUUAUAACGAUUUAUAUAGAGGGGAUCCUGGAUGCCUCCUGUGCUUUCGACGGUUGAUAUCGAUUCUGGGUCGUUUCUCGCCACAGACGUCUGUCGGGAUCGCAGAGAGCAUGAAACCGUAAAGCACUAUUACGCCGUUGGGGAGUUGUUUCGACCUUUCGAACAUUCACAUUUGUCGUGAUUUUUCAGGUCUCAUAUCUGAUCACUGUCUCAGAGGUAUUUAUAAGAUCUAUAACUGAUUUAUAGAGGUUAUUCUUUCUUCCUCGUUAUUUUCCUGACAACUUUUGCUCCUCAAAAGUCAUAUGGUUUAUUCUAAGUCCAUUUUCGAAACUUCAUCGAAUCUCUGGGGCCCUAGGUGCAGGUGCGCAGUCAGGCGAUUGACAGGUAUGCGGAAACAAUUGCUAGGAAUACUAAGAAGAGGACUUUGAAGAUGACUGUCGCAUGUGUCGAUUGUCUAUUUGCAUGUAUGGGUGGACAACGAUGGUAUCCUUGAAGUCCCAUGCGAAUUGUCCUUGACUUCACAUUUGAAUCAAUGGUUAGUCAGUCCAUAGGCUUGAGACCAGUGCAGUUUUAGCCUUUCACUCUCAUUGAGUCGACACGCGAUGCUUUAUUGCAGCGCGGCCCUGAUUGUCUGCUGUGCCGGGAGUGGCCGAUCACGGUCGUUUGUUUCCAUUCGAGGGGGUCCGUUGGUAGUUUUGUCACUGACUGAAUAUUUGGAUUGAGGACCUUUCGAAGGUGCGCGACCAAACUCCUGGCAACUGGGCGUUUGCCUCUGGACUGAACAGCGACGUAGAGGUUCUUAGGUCUACCAGGGUCGGUGCAUUCCUGGUAUUCUUCUGUUCCGCAAUCAAACUGAUCGUUCUGAAUAUUACACGACCUCUGCAGCGGCUGACGUUUGUGUCGGGAGAAUGUACCCUCGGUUGUGGAGGUGCAGUUGUUUGCAUCAAUCUUGUGGAGGUGGUUCUUUUCGGACAACAACUGUUGGAUUUCAUAAUCACCGAAUCGGUCUUGAUGCCAUCUGUCCGCAGGCUCGAGGACUUCCGUACCAGUCCGGUAGAUAACGUCCCCCUGUCUUCUAUCUGUUCUCGAUGUCUUCGUUCUCCAGAAUCUGUAGUUGUCCCAUAUUGACGUUCAUUUUGCCGGUGAAAUCCAACCUGCACUCGUUGUGGACAAGCACCACAGUGUCACUCUUGAAACAACUUUUCGGUGACCGAUCUAGCACUUUGCAUCGCACAUUGCUUUUUUCCUGUUAUGGCUGUCCACCCUCCUGAGGAGCACGUCUGAAAAUAGCCGGUAACCUAAGCGAGUGUAUUGUCGGGCCUUUUUACGACAAGUGACGGCGUUGAUGAUCAACAGAUGGUGCUCUGCAUAUUUCUUCAGUUAUAGAAGACGGUUUCGCAGCCUCUUAUCCUAUGAUGACUAAGCACUUCCGGAUACUUUUCUGUCCGCUUUCGUAACAGACAGGAAAGGGCUGUGCACAUUCUUACGGAAAUUACCAAUCACGUCAAGAUUUUACCUUGUUGGGCGCAUGUCCUGAACACGUCAGUAGGGUAUCCUGUAACCCCGGUACAUACUACUAGCCACCCAUUGGCGGUUUAGAUGGUUAUCCCGCUGUGGCUGAUAAAUUUCGACCAAAAUAUUCACAUCGGAUUCCGGUCUGUGCCUAUAGACCUUAGUUUGUACUGAUUUACUCCAAGUUAGCGGUUAUUUUCGGAAAAAAAUUAAAAAAAACAACAAUGUCGAGUUUCCUUUUGGGGAGUGGAAACCGCAUUCUUAUGAGACGGUCGUUGGUAUUUUGCGAUAGUGAAAGAAGCUUUCUGGCAAUCCUGUUUGUGAUUACGACGGUAACUCUAGCCCCCUGUUGUGCUCUAUAUCGUUGCUCUCGAAGGUGUCCCCACUCUCCCCUCCUUCCUUCAGUUGUCCUUUGGAGGAGCGAGCCUCUCUUAGAGUGAUAAUGUCCACCUUCUAUCGAACCAAUCUUCGCACAAGUAGUGGGUUACCUAGUUGGGAACAGACGCUCCAUACUGUCAGAGAGAACGAAUUCAUUCUGGGUACAGAGGGGGAGGGAUAGAGGCAAAUCUGUUUUCUGUUAGCUACGAUUAGACUGCGUAUGCGUCUGCGGUCAACAACUCAUAGGACAUAAACGAGCAUUUGUGUAGGCCAGCUCCUCUGGUUGCCAAAUCAUUCCUGACGGCUGCCGAACCCCACGCUAACCAUGAGGGCUCCCAGCUGACAGGAUAAUUCGGUCCUCUCAGGGCGGACAGUAAAGCUGUAGUUAGUCUGCAACGUGGCUUAUAUGGCACUUCCUCUCAGUUGGGAUCCGAGCCUCCCUUUUGUGUCUGUGGAAAUCCGAUCCAUCGUGCGCCGGCCAGGCGUGUGCAACUCGCGUAGACUGGCUGUUUAACCAUGUCAGUCACUGCGCUCGAUCCUGCCUCCGGUCGUCCUGAUCCUGUCUUGCCAUCAGACCCAGAAGGGUGAUGAAGUAGAGUGCGGGAGAUGCUGCGCAAGUUUACUAUCUCUAUAAACUUAUUCACGCACAAACUCCUGCCGUGCUGCGUGACACGCAGUGAAUGUCGUUGUUCUCGACGGUCGAACUGGAAUGCACAUACGUGUGCUGCAACACGACGAAUGUUCCCUUUCUCCACAAAUUAGACGCGCAAACGCACUUGUUUGACCUUCAAUUGAAGCUCUUAUAAGGGCGUGAUCGUUAUUCAGGGUGUAGCUUCCUGACACAACAACUGAAUGUCUGACGGCAAUGCAGUGCGGAAUAUCCGCCAAGUAUAACAAUCCACUCGGGCGCCUGCUAAUCCAGCAAGGUACAUCCUCCCCCCUCGUAUACCAUAUUCUAUAACAGCAAACAGUGUUCUCAAGGAGUACCACUAUUUAAAAAUGACCCUGGUCAGCGCUUUUCCAGCAAAAUAGUAAAAGUUUUUGUUGUUGAGCCACCACAGAAGUUUCUCGAGCGUGCCAGUGCACCCACUCGAUAAAUUUUGACUUCAUUGCGGGCCUGUUGUGCAUCUGUUUAACAAAAGUUAAUCAUUACUGCCGUUUCUUUCGUCAAAUUUUAUGUUGCUUUGUCUUUUUCGCGCAUCGCAAACCUCAGUUAUGCUUUGUUACCUUCAGAAUCUGUUGUCUUUUAAGGAUGCUAGCUUAUUCCCGUCGUCUAUCUGCUCGCACCACUGCUAUUCAUUUUUAACUAGAUUCCAGCACUUCUAUCCUUUGUUCCGCCUGUGGUGACUGAACGACAAUCCAGGCCUCUCAAACUUCACUUUUUCACGAUCGGUGGCUUUCGGCUACUCCCUACUCCUACGCAAGCUACUACGAUGUGUAGCUAUUGGUUUUAUGCACUCAUAGCCUGCGGUUGCGCCCUCGCAUUUUUCCUACCCUUCCGUGGCCUACGCAAAUUAGUGUGGAGGAUCCUUUCCGGAAAGUGUGAGCUCCAGCGGAUAAUUGACGAAAAUUGCAAAGGGUGUGGACGAACUCUCGCACUCGGUUAGAUGCCUCUUUACGAUUUACCCCCUUCAGAAAGAUCACUCUCCAAUUCAAAAGAUGCUAUCCUCAGGACUGGUUUCAGGGAUCUGUCUCUGGAUAAUUACGUUGAAUAUGCUGUGCGAAUAAAAGGAAUUAAAGCUGCCCCUAGGUAAAUUAUUCUGCCAGCUAUGUACUUUUUUAUAGUUUUGCAAGUGCCUUUACUCAGGCCGUCACGCAGAUUCGUGGGUAUCAAAGUCUUCAUGAAGAAUGCGAGCGAUUGCGUUCAACUGCGUUUAAUACAUCGGAUGAGCAGCAUUUGGAUAUUUUGCGGGAGGUUUGUUCACUCUUUUCUGUCUAAAUAUCCAGUUGUGGAGAUACUUUUUUCCAAGUGAGACUUUCCAGCUUGUGAGCAAACGAUGGACUGAUAUUGGAUUUCAGGGAAAUUGCCCGGCCACUGACUUUCGUGGAAUGGGUCUUCUCGGCGCUCUUAACCUCCGGUAAGUCAGAUACUUAAUUGUCUACACUGUUUCCCUCAUUUCGAUUAUGUGGGUUCUCGAAUCCUGCUUUCCUGUGUUUAUAACUCAGACGAAUUUGCAGCAAUAACUCUUGAUGCAACGAGACUUCGAUAUAAGGCACUAUUGGGCAUUAUUCACAAAACAUUAACUUAUUGUUUGCUUAAAAAAUCGUGAAAAUCUUCCCUCAGUGACGAGGUUCGUCUGUGACAUCCAUCGCCAUUGUAAGGCCCCAUUUACAACCGCGAUCGGGAUAUUGCAUCAAGUUGUCUUGAGAUUUAAGUUUGGCCCGAUAUACAGUUUUGUAAUGAGUCACAUCAGUAGCAUACACGCUGUUCUUUAAAUUACGCCCCCUAUUUUCCUACUAGCGAUGGUAUGGCUUUUAUCACCUUAAUUUUAUUCAAGCUUUAUCAACUGAUAUGUUUAUCAAUCAUAAGGUACGCUUCAUAAUCCACUACCUUCAUGUUUUUAGAUACUUUGCGGAAUCGCAUACCGCCUUAGCCAGAGGUAUCCUUUCGGCUUCGGUUUUUUCCACUUCCAGGUACGUUCUUCCGUCUGCCUUCGAGAAUUCUCUAAAUAAAGACUUACUGUUUUUUCCUACUACUAUAAUCACCUUACGUCCACAUCGGGAGGCCAGAGUGGUCAUAAUUGCCUGCGACUGCCGAGCCAUUGACUACUUUAGGAAACGCAGUCCCUCGAACUAGGGUUGUCUGGGACAGCCUUCCGCCUAGGAGACAAAAGGCAGAUAAUUGGUCGCUUCUCUCCAUUUUCAGCCGUCAUUUGACGACAUUUCAGCGGCAAAGGCAUUGCGUUUGCCUCGGCCAACGUAAUAGCCAAGCCAAGUCCCGGUUAGUAGAAGACGAAGGACACCAGGCUAAGGAAUCUAUUCUGUACACAGCCCUGAGCUGCCGUCUCGGAUAUCAGCGACUGCUGGCGAGGUCAAGGUUGGUGUUGAAUCGUGCCCAAGUAAGGGGGAGAGAGUGCAUCUUGGUGAUCGGCCGCUUUUAUAGCUUUACGAGAGCGAGUUAAAGAGCCUUACGUCUCUGUCCACAUGCACCGUUGCUCGUGAGCUAUGAGCGGCUGUAACUCCUGGAGCAUGUUCACGCUUGUGUUUCAGUCCAGGAAAUUGGUCAGCCUUCAAGACUGCCGCGUCCGGGAGCGUAUUCAUUGGAGGCGUAUGACUCUGAAGCGGUAGGCUGCUGAACAAGGACGUUUUGCGCCGUUUCUGCGAUCGGCUACGAUAUCCGCAAUCAACAUUUCUAAUGUUUUACGUAGAAUGUAUUUUUCUGUCACAUGGACCGUCCAACACUCAACACAGUCUAGGGGGAAUACAUGGGCCUUCACAUUUUCAAUUUAUUAUGUGCGAAAGGUACCACAACAGUCCUAUCCACAACAUCAACCUACGGUACUUAUAUAUACUUGGAAAAACUGUGAUCAUGCCUUAUCUAGCCGGUCUCGCUGAUGUCGCAGACUGUACCUCUGCGCGCAUGACGCUCCGCGAGGACGAGCUUCUAGUCGCCUCUUAUAAUCCCCCUUUUUUCUAUUCUCCUUUUAGCUUCGUUUCUAUUUUUUCUUCUAGCUAUCCUUUUGCCAUAGUCGGUAUCAGUUUAACCGACCUCCUGAGGAAAUGGCUGCGGGAUGGUGAACUUAAAUGCCAUUUCUUCAAUUAUGUUAGGACUGCUCCAACCCUGGAUGACUUUCACUUCGCCUAUGGUGAGUUCCUCAUCUAUGGCCUCACAUUGUCUCCGCGUCUUUCUGGACAGCGUAGACUGUAUUAUGCGAUGUUGUCGUAUUUAAUUUGAGAAUCUUUCCUCUGCUAUUGAUAACUAGGCAAGCUUCGACAUAGCUGCAUUACCGCAAGUUAACUUUUCUCGACCUUGACUGUGGCCUUUUUGCUGCAUACCAUCGCAGACACCUUUUUAACCGUGUAAAAUUUCACCGAAUAUUCUAUUGUAAUGCCUUCUUCACCGGGCGGAGUUGUGAGGAAGAAUUUGCUGUAUCACAGAGAGUGCCGGUUUUAAACUGGUGUUUGUACCUUCCUGGUCCUAUUGGAAUACCCUUCCAAAGUGUGUACACUUCUAGAAAUUUAACAUGCCCUCUAAACCUCUUUCAUUUGGUUAAAAAAGACUGCCAGCUGCAAAUCCUAUUUGCCUGUUUCCUCUUCUACAGUAUGCCUAUUCAGCGAGUUUCACGCCUUCUGGGUUUCGGAACCGCGAGAUAUAAUGCAGUUCAACGCUUACCGGCGGGAAUUCGAAGCUGCCUUUGAGCCAAGGAUACGAAGCAACGACUUUGUUUUCCAGAUUGUCCCCCUGCAGCGGUCGACAUGA